AUGGCUUCUCCCAAAGCCAGAAAUCCUCUGGCUUUCACGCCGUGGCCGGUAACCAUCCUCACCACCGCGGUAUACCUCGCCCUGCUCAUCCCCGUGCUGGUGAUCCACCACAACGUCCCAUCCGCUCCGCGAACCAGCCCCAACGGCCUGAACCUGACCGAGGCAUGGCAAGACCUCCAGACCCUGACGGGGGGCUUCCAUCCAUAUAACUCGCACCGAAACGACCUCGUCCGCGCGUGGCUACUCGAACGGAUCGACGCGAUCACGCACUCCGCACCCUCUGUCGAUGACUUCCGCCGAGCGCGGGAGGAGAAACCUGACGUCUAUGUUUUUGAUGACCUGCAAUCGAACCUGACCUCUGUUGAUGGCCGCGUCGGGGUGUAUUUCGAGGGUACCAAUGUCCUGGUGUAUGUGCGCGGCUGGGAAGACAAGAAAGAUAAUUGGUGGGAGGUUCCUGGCAAGGUGCCCUCUGGCAAGGGAGGAGUGCUGGUGAAUGCACACUAUGACAGCGUCUCGACGGGGUUCGGGGCUACGGAUGAUGGCGUUGGCGUUGUGACGUGUCUGCAGCUCCUUCGGUACUUCACUACCCCCGGCCACGCGCCGCGCCGCGGGCUGGUGGUCCUGUUCAAUAACGGAGAAGAAGACUAUCUGAAUGGCGCGCGGGCGUACAGCCAGCACCCCAUGGCUAAGUUUGCCCACACGUUUCUGAAUUUGGAGGGUGCCGGCGCCGGUGGUCGAGCGACAUUGUUCCGCAGCUCCGACACCGAAGUCACUCGGGCGUAUGCGAAGGCGCAACACCCGUUUGGAUCGGUGUUGAGCGCCAACGGGUUUGAGAAGGGGUUGAUCAGCAGCCAGACGGAUUAUGUGGUUUUCGACGGCAUGCUGGGCUUGCGCGGCCUGGAUGUCGCCUUCUUUGAGCCUAGGGCCCGAUAUCACACUGAUCAGGAUGAUGCGACGCACACCAGUAUGGACUCCCUGUGGCAUAUGCUCUCUGCGGCAGUUGCAACCACGCGUGAAUUGGUUUCUGACUCGAGUGACCAAUUUGAUGGACAUCUUCGCGAUGACGGUAUGGUUCCCAGCGGAUCAGGCUCUCGGGCUGUGUGGUUCGAUGUGUUUGGGAGUGCCUUCGCCGUGUUCCCUCUGCACACGCUCUUUGCAUUGUCGGUUACGUUGUUGACGGUCGCUCCGUUGGCAUUGCUCGUCACCAGCGUGGCUCUUGCCAGAGCUGAUAAAAUGUAUCUGUUCCGCUCGUCGGUCUACUAUGAGGCUAGCGACGAGAACAUCUCGCUGCGAGGUCUGCGCGGCUUCUUCCGCUUUCCGUUUCUUCUUGCUAUCCCUACGGGGGUGACCGUUGGAUUGGCUUAUCUAGUGACUAAGUUUAACCCUUAUAUUGUGCACAGCAGUGCAUAUGCCGUGUGGAGCAUGAUGGUCUCUGCCUGGAUCUUUUUGGCCUGGUUCGUGUCCUGUGUUGCAGACUUUGCUCGCCCAUCGGCCUUCCACAGGGUGUACACCUGGACCUGGCUGUUUGUUCUCGCGUGGGCUCUGUUAGUGGCUGCUACCGUCUUCGAGAAUGAAGAAGGUCUGGCAGGUGGUUAUUUUACGUUUUUCUACUUUGCCGGCACGUUCUUGGCCACUUGGCUCUCUUAUCUCGAGCUCUUCUCGCUUCCCACCAAGUCUGACUACGCGGCCCAGUUCUUCCAGGGAUCCCGGCGCCCCAGCAGCUAUGGCAGUCGGCUGGGGGCUGCCUCGGGGGACGAACACCAGGACGACGAUGGCGAGGAGCCUACAGAGUCGACCUCGCUGCUGCGAAGUCAACCGCGGACGACCUUUGCAAACUACGUCCGUGUCUCGGGAGAUAACUCUGUCCAUGCCCUGCAUGACGAGGAAGAAGAGACGGACCCUAACGUGCACGGCCACGAGCAAACAUGGAGUGCCUCGCUGCCGAGGUGGACCUGGGUCGUGCAGCUGCUUCUUACUGUGCCAGUGGUUCUCAUGCUGCUGGCGCCGCUCGCGCUCCUGAUGACCAGUGCACUCUACCAAACCGGACAGGACGGCAGCCCACAGCUGAUCGUGUAUAUUUGCAUUGCAGGUCUUACGACGCUUCUCUUUGCACCAAUGCUGCCCUUCAUCCACCGCUACACCUACCACCUGCCAAUCUUCCUGCUGCUCGUCUUGGCCGGGACCCUCAUCUAUAACCUGGUCGCUUUCCCGUUCUCGGACUCUAACCGCGUAAAGGUGUUCUUCUCGCAAGAAGUCGAUCUCGACCGCGGUGUAUCUAUUGCCUCGCUGACCGGCAUGCCGCCAUACGUGGGUGAUGUCGUCCACGGCCUCCCCAGCGCAGCAGGCCAACCGGACUCUUGCCAUUGGACGCUCCGGGGCAAGAAUAGUGUUCAGAGAUGCCCGUGGAAUGCACCGGCACCGCAUGUCGUCUCGAGCGACUCCAGCUCCUCCCUGUCCUCUGUUGUAUUCAAGAGCAACGACUUAGUCCACAUGUCCCCCGGACCCUCCCCGGACUGGGUUUCCUUUGAUAUCACACGCCCAACACCCAAAAGCCCUUACAUCCGCUUCGAAAUCUCGGGUCAAAACACGCGCGCCUGCCGCAUCACCCUUGACAGCCCCUCCUCUCUCUCAAAUUUCAGCAUCGUCGGCUCCUCCCCACCCGAUGACCGCUUUCUGCACCCGUCUCCACACGGCGUGCACGAGAUCCGUCUCUGGAGCCGGACAUGGGGAAGUACAUGGACCGUAGACGCCGAGCUUCUGGAGGACGACGAAAAUGAGGACUCCCCGGCCGACGACUCCCCAAUCAAGGGCCGGAUCUCUUGUCUCUGGAGCGAUAAUAACCGUCCCGGUCUUAUUCCCGCUCUUGAUGAGGUGCGCCAGUUCAGUCCGCCCUGGGUGGCGGUGACGAAACUGUCGGAUGGGCUGGUCGAGGGGUAUCGCGAGUUCGAGCUGGCGCGGCCGAGACGGGCUCGUUGA